UUGAUCAUUAUUGAUUGACAUUUUAUCACAGAUUUUGAUACCUUUUCAAUUAUUGUAUAUUUAUUAUUUAGUAAUUUUGUUUUUUAUUCUUUAUUAAUAUUACGCGACAUUGGUUUCACAAUCACAAUAACUGAUAGAUAAAUUAUGGAAGCCAUAUUAUAGAAGAAGAAUUAUUUUUAAUGUUUUCUUGAAGACUGAAGAUUUAAAAUGUUUUCUGACGAAGCCUCGUGCUCGGAUUGUAAAUUGGAGUUGAUUGAAAAUAAAUGGGCCGAAAUACUGUUGAAAUGGAUAAACAAGUGCGUAUCGCCCCCAAUGAAAGCGACGCAGUUGAACGCCAGGAACUUGGUCGACAUCAUCGAUCGAUACAAGAAUGAUAUAUGCGCGGAUGACGUCGACAAAGCAAUCCUGUGCACCGAUGAUAUUGAACCGUUCAUUAAAUACAAAUAUCCUAUACUGAGGCUACGAUAUUUGUGCGAAAUAGAAGACCUUCCGAAGAAGCUGUACAUCAUGACAACAGUCCUUCUCUUCCACUGCUGCUGCAACUCGAGGACUGGGGAGGUAGACGCUGACAUCUGCGAUCAGAUGGAUGAAGUGGAACAGGAGAUUAUCCUGAAGUUCUGCGAGAGGCUUAGCGAUAUGGAAGUCACUGUGAAUAAUGUUGAACGUGCUGUUACUGAUGCCUUCGAACUAGUAGCGAACAUCAAAGCCCUACCACCAUCACAGCCGGAGAAAAUGCCAGAAUCAGACAGCCUGGACUCGCUUAUAUCAGAAUCUCCCAUAAACAUCUCAUACACAGACAAUUUGCCAACCGACAUCAAGUUUAAGUCGUCAGUCACCGUCCUACCGUCAGCUGUUACUGACACGUCAACGUAUUCUGACGUGGCAGAGCACCACACUAAAUAUAUUGAGCGGGAAGGUGAGAAAGAGAUGUUUGAUGGUCAAGACCUGAAUAUCUUCAAGGUUGAAAAGGAUGAUGAAUUGGAAAAGGAUUCUAGCGAAAUAAAACCUCGCUGCCAACCGGACUGCGAUUGCACGCGCUGCAGCGCCGAGGGUCCCUGCUGCGGAGACCCUGGCAGCUCCAUGAAGGAAUGUGACCAACCAGCCCCAGAAGACGUAAAAGUAGUUCAAUUCGAAUUCAAUUGGGUAAUGUACUCGAUCAUCGUGGGUGUGGUGAUGAUGCUCAUCCUGGUGAUCGUGCUGUCCACAGCUACGUUCUUUACCGAAGAUGUCAAAACUAUUGAUAUUGAAAGACUGGUGGUUGAAGCAAGAAUUUACUUACCAAACGCUUGGCAGUGCGUAAACAGUCUUUGUCAGAAAAUGUAUCAACCGAUCUACGUGGAUAAUGUCUAUACGUCUCAUAGUCGAUGCGUUCUAAUAUGCAUGGGCCCACAGCUAUGGCCGUAUCCUAUCGGUUACACCUACUUCAGCAAGCAAAUUGCAGCUUUAGCCACUAAUAAAUUAGAAUACAAAUUCCAAUCCGUCCCAUCAGAAACUGUCCACCAAUAUUUAGCAGAGGCAUUUAAGUUAUUCAUAGCAGAAUUGGCCAAGUUGGAAAGAAUAGCGACAUCUACAAACGAAACUAAAGAUUUGGUUGUGAGGAAAAUGAACAUCCAAAUCGAUGUGGAGGCUGACCAAGAUCCUAGGUUACGAUUGAACACGGAAGAAGCAUAUUCGCUCAAAAUUGAAUUGGUGAAGAACCAAGUCAUGAUAAAGGUUUCCUCGGCUUCGUUCUGCGGGGUCAGACAUGGUUUGGAAACGCUGACGCAGUUAAUAUUAUUAGACCAAACUACGGGGUAUUUGAUAACUCUAACAAAAGUGGUGAUAAAAGACGCGCCAAGUUACAAAUAUAGAGGUCUAAUGAUCGAUACGGGAAGGAAUUAUAUACCAGUAAAUGAUUUGAUGAGGACCAUCGACGGAAUGUCUUCUUGCAAACUCAACACCUUCCAUUGGCGCAUAUCUGACGUCACCAGCUUCCCUCUAUACCUUCCGAAACUCCCCCAACUCUUCGAAUAUGGUGGUUACGAUAGAUCUAAAGUGUACACCAAAGACGACGUGAAAACUUUGGUAAAGAGAGCUAAAAUUAGAGGUAUUAGGGUCGUAAUUGAAGUGGCAGCGCCCGGCCCAGUUGGCAGACCUUGGUCCUGGUCUUCUGAUGUAAGUUGUCCUAUCAAGAAUAAGGAUAACUUCACUUGCGACAAUCAUCUAUGUCUUAGAAUGAAAAUGAAGGAUUCAUUGUUGGACGUCCUUCAAAUUAUCUAUUCGGAAAUUCUGGAGAUGACAAAUAUUGAUGAUGUCUUCCAUUUAAGUGAUGGUAUUUUCUCUUUAUCCAAUUGCUAUUUACUAAUAGAAGAGAGAGAAGGUUUCCUCGAUAAAGCAUUGGAUAGACUCAAAAUUGCCAAUAAAGGUUUUCUACCAACUUUGCCAGUGAUUUGGUUCACCACUCAUUUGACAAGAGAUUUCGAAGCGAAGACCUGGGAGCGAUUGGGAGUGCAAUUGAACGAAUGGCAACCGAGUUCAGAUCAAUAUUUGGGUAAAUUCAAAGUGAUACAUUCGAGCAAAUGGGAUCUGUCUUGCGAGAUGAAGAAGCAGCGGUGUAGACGAUACAGAACAUGGCAAGAAAUGUACGGUUGGAAGUCUUGGCGUAACAUCGAAGUUUUCACCAUAGAGGGCGGUGAAACUAUACUCUGGACUGACUUGGUCGAUACAAGUAAUCUAGAUAACCAUCUGUGGCCUAGAGCGGCGGCGGUUGCCGAACGCCUGUGGUCUGACAUCGUCAUAAACUCGUCAGCGAGCGGACCUGUGUACGUCAGGCUGGAUCAUCAGAGAUGGCGCAUGUUGCUGCGUGGUGUGAAAGUACAACCCGUGUGGCCGGUGUGGUGCAGCUUCAAUCCCGGCUCGUGCCUGUCGAAACUUCGCUAACCUAACAUUACUUUUAUAUCAAUAGUCUUUUUGAAUGUUGAUCUAAGCUAAAAUAUAUUAUGCUGUUAUUA